AUUUCUUGUCUUUCUCACUCUAAUCAGAGAUCUUCUUUACAGUGGGGCGCCAAAAACCCCCUCAAAAUAAUUGAAAAAUUGAAAUUAUAAAAAUUAGGGCUAGAAAUUCCAUCUAUCUAUUCAUAAUUAUAAGAUUUUAUUUAUCGAUUUAAGGUGGUUAGGUUUUUGAAUUUGAUUUGGAAAGAAGAAGAAGAAGGAAUAUGUCAAGUAUGGAGUUGCAGAAUACAGUAAAAGAAGCCCUGAAUGCUUUAUAUCAUCAUCCCGAUGAUUCUGUUCGUAUGCAAGCUGAUCGAUGGCUUCAAGAUUUUCAACGUACUAUUGAUGCUUGGCAGGUUGCUGAUAACUUACUUCAUGACGCCAGUAGCAAUCAAGAGACGCUCAUUUUUUGUGCUCAGACACUUAGAAGCAAGGUACAAAAAGAUUUCGAGGAACUACCUUCUGAAGCUUUUCGGCCGUUACGUGAUUCGUUAAACGGCCUGCUGAAAAAACUACACAAAGGACCACCUAUAGUUCGAACACAGAUUAGCAUUGCUGUAGCAGCAUUGGCUGUACAUGUCUCCGCUGAAGAUUGGGGUGAUGGUGGUAUUGUGAAUUGGCUCAGAGAUGAAAUGAAUUUGCAUCCAGAAUGUAUUCCAAGUUUUCUUGAGCUGCUGACAGUCUUGCCACAGGAAGCUUUUAGCCACAAGAUAGCUGCUCGUCCAGAAAGGCGGCGUCAGUUUGAGAAGGAACUUAUUUCUGCAGCUGAGGUUGCUUUUAAUGUCUUGACUACUUGUUUGAGUCUGAAUGAACUAAAGGAGCAGGUUCUUGAAGCUUUUGCUUCCUGGCUUCAACUAAAGCAUGCGAUUCCUUCUGCUACCCUUGCAUGCCAUCCUUUGGUGCACUCAGCACUUUCUGCUUUGAACUCAGAGGUUCUUUCAGAGGCUUCAGUAAAUGUCAUCUCUGAGUUGAUACACUACACAUCGGCUCGAAGCUCCGGUGGUGUAGCUGCUCACAUGCCCUUGAUCCAGCUACUUGUGCCCCAAGUUAUGAAUCUUAGGGAGCAGCUUAAAGAUUCCUCAAAGGAUGAGGAAGAUUUGAAGGCCAUUGCUCGGUUGUUUGCGGAUAUAGGUGAUUCGUACGUGGAGUUGAUUGCCACUGGUUCUGCUGAAUCAAUGCUGAUUGUGCAAGCAUUGAUAGAUGUUGCUUCUAAUCCAGAAUAUUACAUUGCUUCAAUGACUUUUAGUUUUUGGCACAACCUUCAAGUUAACUUGACUGAAAGGGAUUCCUACUUAUCAUGCGGAGAUGAAGCAUCCAUUGAGGCAGAGAGAAAUCGAAGGCUACAAAUAUUUCGUUCGUCUUAUGAGUCACUUCUAUCUCUGGUUAGCUUCAGGGUUCAGUAUCCCCAUGAUUCUGAAAACAUUUCAAGAGAGGAUCGCAGGGAAUUUAAGCAAACAAGAUAUGCUGUCGCAGACGUCUUGAUAGAUGCAGCAUCAGUUCUAGGUGGUGAAGUGACACUAAAAAUUCUUUACAUGAAGCUUGUUGAGGACACUCACAGCUGUAGAAGUGAUGAAACUUGGGACUGGCGCCCUUCAGAAGCUUCUCUAUAUUGUAUCCGAGCUAUAUCAAGUUAUAUUUCAGUUGUCGAAGCUGAAGUAAUGCCUCAGGUAAUGGCGCUGCUUCCAAAACUCCCUCUUCAACCUCAAUUACUUCAGACAGUGUGCUUGACAAUCGGAGCAUAUUCAAAAUGGCUUGAUGCUUCACCAAAUGGACUCCCGGUUUUGCCUUCAGUGAUAGAGAUUCUCAUGAGUGGCAUGAGUGCCUCUGAAGACUCUGCAGCAGCUGCAGCUUUGGCCUUUAGGCACAUUUGUGAUGAUUGCCGACAAAAGCUUUGUGGGUCUCUAGAUGGUCUAUUCCACAUAUACCAUAGAGCGGUUAGUGGGCAAGGUGGCUAUAAAUUCUCUGCCGAAGAGUCAUUGUACUUGGUUGAAGCAUUGAGUAUGGUUAUCACAGAGCUUCCUCCUGAAAAUGCAAAAAAAGCCCUGGAAGCAUUAUGCCUUCCUGUUGCGACUCCAUUACAGGAACUCAUCAAUCAAGGUCCCACGCAACUACAAAAAGCACUUGCGCGGGAACUUACUAUUCAUGUUGAUCGACUGGGAAACAUCUUCAGGUAUGUUAAUCACCCUGAAGCCGUGGCAGAUGCAAUACAUAGAUUAUGGCCAAUUUUCAAAACCAUAUUUGAUCAUCGUGCAUGGGACAUGCGGACAAUGGAGUCUCUUUGCCGGGCUUGUAAAUAUGCUGUGAAAACUUCGGGAAAGUUCAUGGGAAUCACAAUAGGAGCUAUUUUGGAGGAGAUACAGGGUUUAUAUCAACAGCAUCACCAGCCGUGUUUCCUAUACCUGUCAAGUGAAGUGAUAAAGAUAUUUGGUUCUGACCCAUCAUGUGCAAACUAUCUCCGAAGUUUGAUUGAAGCGCUUUUCAACCACACCACACAUCUUCUGACAAAAAUUGAGGACUUUACAGCCAGACCAGACAUAGCCGAUGACUGUUUUUUGUUGGCGUCUCGAUGCAUCCGCUAUUGCCCUCAUCUUUUCGUUGCAUCAGCUGUAUUCCGACCUUUAGUUGAUUGUGCGAUGAAUGGGAUCACAGUACAACACAGAGAAGCUUGCAGUUCAAUACUGACAUUUUUAUCAGAUGUCUUUGACAUUUCAAACUCUAGCCGAGGAGAACAGUACAAAUCUACCAGGGAUACUAUUGUAGUUCCUCGAGGUCCAAGUCUGUCUAGAAUUUUGAUAGCCUCCUUAACAGGAGCUCUCCCUAGUUCUCGAUUAGAAGUGGUUACGUACACCCUGCUAGCCUUGACGAGGGCCUAUGGGAUGAUGGCUCUUGAGUGGGCCAAAGAAAGCAUUUCAUUGAUUCCGUCAACAGCCGUAACAGAAGUGGAGCGUUCAAGAUUUCUUCAAGCUUUAUUAGAAGCAGCAUCUGGGGCUGAUAUUUCAUCUUUAACAGCUCCUGUUGAGGAGAUUUCGGAUGUUUGCCGCCGCAACAGAGCAGUUCAAGAGAUUGUACAGGGAGUUUUGAGGCCUUUGGAGUUGAAUUUUGUACCUGCUAUAUCCUCCUAGUAGAAAGGAAGAUAGUAACACAUUGUAUUUAUAUGGAUCUGAAAUUUUUGGUAGAUUUUGUACUUGCUUAUGUAUCAUUGAUUGUGUAUUAAUUUAUUGGCUAUAGUGAGCGAGUCUCGAGUGAGUUGAUCGGAUGUCUGUAUUUUUCCUCCCUAGUGUCGCUUUUCGAGCACAAAAUUUGUAUUUUUUUUUUUAGUUCCUAAAUCUGUUCAUUCUGAAAUUUUGAACCUUGUUUCUGUACUGAUCUCCGGCAACUUUAUUCUUAAAUUUCUGCUCACCUUUCUUAA